ACAGAACAUUUCUUAAUGCACUCGACAGAAAAGUUUCCUGGACUUUGUGGGUCAGCUCCUGCACCGCCACAGCCAGACUCCACUUUGAAGGACUUCAUAGAGAGCAUGGAGCUGCUCAUCAGAACCCUGUUCCUGUGCUUUGCACUCAGCCUAACCCAUGGAGCACCUGCACAUCCUCAGGAUGAAGUCGUAGAAGAUGCUGGUGAUGCUCUCCCUGAUCGCUGUGAAGGUCUGGAGUUUGACGCCAUCACUCCUGAUGAGAAUGGAACUACUUUCUUCUUUAAAGGCAGCCACUUGUGGAAUGGUUUCCACGGCCCGGCUCAGCUCUCCAACGAGCUCUUCAAGGAGAUGGACGACGAACACAACAUCGGCCAUGUCGACGCCGCUUUCCGCAUGCACAACCCCGACAACACGGACAACCACGACCACAUCUAUUUCUUCCUGGAUGAUAAGGUGUUCAGCUAUUACAACCACACUCUGGAGGACGGGUACCCAAAACAGAUCCAGGAGGAUUUCCCAGGCAUCCCCUCUCACCUGGAUGCUGCAGUGGAGUGUCCUAGAGGAGAGUGUAUGACUGAUUCAGUCCUCUUCUUUCAAGGAAAUGAAGUGCAUGUUUACGAUAUAGCCACAAAGUCAGUGAAGACAAAGUCGUGGCCCCACCUUCCUGUCUGCACCUCUGCUUUCCGCUGGCUGGAGCACUACUACUGCUUCCAUGGACACAACUUCACCAGAUUUCACCCGGUAUCAGGAGAGGUGAGCAGCGGCUACCCCAAAGACGCCCGCAACUACUUCAUGAGGUGCCCCAACUUUGGUCAUGGAAGUGGUUCUGGAAUUAAAUGCAGUGAUAUUAAACUAGAUGCCAUCACUUCUGAUGAUACAGGCAAAACCUACGCCUUUUCAGGUCCCAACUUCAUGCGUCUGGACUCCAGGCGUGAUGGCUUACACCUCUUUCCAAUCACCAGGAACUGGCCAGAGAUGACCAAUGGGGUGGAUGCUGUGUUUUCCUACACUGACAAAAUGUACAUGAUAAAGGAUGAUCAGGUCUACAUCUAUAAAGGCGGUGCUCACUACACCCUGAUUGAUGGCUAUCCUAAAAGUCUGAAAGAAGAGCUCAACAUCGAAGGACAUGUGGACGCUGCUUUCAUCUGUCCCGCUGAAGACAAUGACACUGUCCACAUCAUUCAAGGUGAACGUAAACUUACUGUCGACCUAACCUCCACGCCCAGGAAGGUGACCUUGGAUAUUCUCAGAUAUAGCCACGUUGAUGCUGCUUAUUGUGUUUCAGAGGGAGUUGAAACACAAUACACUACAGUUGUGGUGUUCACAGACUCCAAGUACUACAAAUUUCCCAGUUCCAUGUUUAUGAAUAUUUACGUUCACUUUUACCCUCGUCCUAAGACUAUAACCCCAGAAAUGUUUGGAUGUCAGAAUUAGGCAAACAAGACAUGA